AUCAAAAUGACCAUAUAACAACUUCCGGUGACAACAAGUCGUGAACACAGGCAUUUUAUUUCUAAAUCAAUGCUCUAUUUGCGAUGUCAGCAUGACGAAUGCGUACUCAUUUGAGGGCGUGCUGAUAUUCAGCAUGCUUGUGAUCUGCACAUGUGCAUACAUGAGGAGAGUGCCACGGUUAAAGCAAUGGUUUCUGUCUGAAAAGAAAGGCUUUCUUGGUGUAUUUUACAAAGCAUCUGUGAUUGGGACAAGGUUGCACAUACCUGUUGCUUUGUCAUUGACUUUCAUGGCCAUAUAUGUGAUGUUUCUGAAAUAGUAUACUUGCAUGAAUUGUAUUAUAUGGGUUUUGUAAAGUAUUUUGCAACAACUUAUAGACAUAGAACUUGAAACAAAUGUACAAUUAAAUAAUAUUCAUGUGCACUUUAUAUAGCAACCAUGAUCACAUUGUUUUAGCAUGUUUAAAUAUUUUUCGCAUACUGUAAUGUUGAAAUGAAUACAUUAUGUAUGCAUUAUCCUGGGGUUUAAACCUUUGUUGUAUAAAAGUAUUUUUUAGCCAAUUAGUUGUAAAAGGUUGUGUUUUGGUUUUGUUAUUUUGCUAAAGUAUUUUUUUUAUGUCUUUGAUACAUUUUCGACUUUUGAAGAACUGUUGGUUCUCAUGUGCAUGAAGAAAUGUUUUUUUGUCCCCUACCGGUUUCACCGGAGGGGACAUAUGAUUUGCGCUCUGUGUGUCCGUCUGUCCGUCAGUCUGUCACACUUUUCUAGAUCCUGAGAUAACUGUAAUAGUUCUUCAUAUUUUUUCAUGAAACUUGAAAUAUGGACAGAUGGCAAUAUUGAGAUUUGCACAUCAUUUCAUUUUGUUCCUACGUCAAGAAUUCUGGUUGCUUUGGCAACAAAUAGACUAGAAAUACUGCUGAAAAUGGUUCUGCGAUAACUUUUGAAGUUCUUCAUAUUUUUUCAUGAAACUUGAAACAUAAAUAGAUGGCAAUAUGGACAUUAUGCAUGUUAUUUAUUUUUCUUCCUAUGUCAAAAAUUCUGGUUGUUAUGGCAACAAAUAACAAAAAAUAAUUCUGACAAUGGUGGAGCCGGUAGGGGACAUAUAUUGCUUGGCAAUAGUCUUUUUAAUUUAUUAAUUUUACUGAUAUUAAGGCAUAAGAACAGUUUUGACGUUUGUGCUCAUUUUAUAAUAAAUAAUGUGAAUUGUCACCAAAUAACAUUUUUAGCGAGGCUGUUUUCGGAGAACACCCGAACUAUUGUCAUAGCCAGCUUGUCCGCCGUCCGCCAUAGGUGUCGUGCUAAAACCUUAACAUUGGCUCUAAAAUCAAAGUGCUUCCACCUACAACUUUGAAACUUCAUAUGUAGAUGCACCUUGAUGAGUUCUACACGCCACACCCAUUUUUGGGUCACUAGGUCAAAGGUCAAGGUCACUGUGACCUCUAAUAUCAAACUUUAACAUAGGCUCUAAAAUCAAAGUGCUUCCACCUACAACUUUGAAACUUCACAUGUAGUUGCACCUUGAUGAGUUCUACAUGCCACAACCAUUUUUGGGUCACUAGGUCAAAGGUCAAGGUCACUGUGACCUCUAAUAUAAAACUUUAACAAAAACCUUUACAUUGCCUCUAAAAUCAAAGUGCUUCCACCUACAACUUUGAAACUUUAUAUGUAGAUGCACCUUGAGUUCUACACGCCACACCCAUUUUGGGUCACUAGGUCAAAGGUCAAGGUCACUGUGACCUCAAAAAAAAAAAAAAUUCUGACAAGCUUUCACAGCCGAGCGUGACACCCGUUAUGCGAUGCUCUUGUUUUGUUAAUCUGUUGCUUUUAACAGCUGUGUAAUUCUUUUUUAGUAUUGAUGGCCAUUUGGCCACGUCUCUUCUUUCAUACAAUUACUGUACUUCUGUUUUUUUAUAAUCUGCCUCACACUUCUGACAAUACAAUAGUAUACCACAAAUAUCAUCUUGCAUAAAAAUUGAUUCCAUGA